UCAUAAAUUGGGGGGACUUUUUGCUGGAGGGUCCGCCCCCCCUCCCCCUUAGCUCCGCCCCUGGGGAAAAACAUCCUCACCUUGAUGUGAGCAGCGUUUGCCUGUAGAGGGCGCUGUGGUUGCAGCAGAGUGGCUCUUCUCCUUCACGUGUUGGUUGCUCAUGCGUGUGCGUGGAUCUCCAGCCUCUCUGCGUGACGGUGCCUCGGUGCUCGCCCGCCUGCCGGGGCGGGGCGGGAGCGCGCGGCGUGAGGAUCUCUCCAUGAGGGCGCGCGCGCGUCUCGGACACUGACACUCCAUCAGCGAGCAUGCAGUCCAGCAAGAUGAAAAAGGACGAGUCCUUUCUCGGAAAACUAGGAGGCAGCCUGGUCCGGAAGAAAAAGAAUAAAGAAGUGAGUGAUCUACAUGAGGAGGGGAAGAACGCCAUCAACGCUCCCCUGCUUCCUUCAGGGACGGAAAUUCAUCCGGAAGAUGCUCUGCUGGAAGAAAAUGCAGAGAGGAUCAUGUUGGACCCAAGCUCUCAUGAUAACCCCAAAUUCAAAGACCUUGUAAAGACCCUGACUGAGUGGAUCAACAGUGAGUUGGAGGAGGAGAGGAUCAUAGUCAAAGACUUGGAGGAGGACUGUUAUGAUGGACAAGUCCUCCAGAAGUUGUUUGAAAAGCUGUCGGGCAGGAAGCUGAACGUGGCGGAGGUGACCCAGUCGGAGAUUGGCCAGAAGCAGAAACUCCAGACGGUCUUGGAGGCUGUUAACUCUGUGCUCAGACCUCACGGCUGGACUGUUGAGUGGAGUGUGGAGUCUAUUCAUUCGAAAUACCUGGUGUCAAUCGUUUACCUGCUGGUUGCUCUGGCGAUGCACUUCCAGGCCGCCAUCAGACUUCCAGAACACGUCUCUGUCCAGGUGGUGGUGGUCAAGAAACUUGAAGGCAUCCUGCAAACUGCUGUUCUAACCAAAGAGCUGACCACUACAACAGAAAUGAUGAUGGGAAGAUUUGAGAGGGACGCAUUUGACACACUGCUGGACCAUGCUCCGGAUAAACUUAAUGUAGUGAAAUCGUCACUCAUCACAUUUGUGAACAAACAUCUGAACAAACUGAACCUGGAAGUCACUGAGCUGGAAUCACAGUUUGCUGAUGGAGUGUAUUUGAUUUUACUGAUGGGACUGUUGGAGGACUACUUUGUCCCGCUGUACAACUUCUUCCUCACUCCGGAGAGCUUUGAGCAGAAGGUUCACAAUGUUGCAUUUGCCUUUGAGCUGAUGCAGGAUGGAGGUUUGAUGAAGCCCAAAGCAAGGCCAGAAGAUGUUGUAAACCUCAACCUGAAGGCCACCCUGAGAGUCCUCUACAAUCUGUUCACCAACUACAAAAACUCUGAAUGAACCCCUGAGCUUUAGUGCCGUUCUGACUCCUGUGCCUGAGUCCAUCCUGACGUUCACCUCUGAAAGGUUUGGCUGAGUCGAGACGGAUUAGCGCUCAGAGUGUUGGUUUAUGACUGUCUCUAAAUGUCAGUGUUUAUUUAUUUCAUCCUCUGAGAUUGUCUUCUGUGGAGGAAACUGUGUGACCUUUAGCUCCUCACUGUCACUAAAAGACGGCACUGUAAAGCUGGAAAAUGUCCAAGUGUGAAACUGAAAUUGACAGUACUAUUAAAUCAUUUCCCAGCAGACAUUCUCCUGAUGCAAAGAAGCUGAUCAUUUGAAUUCGUUACUUAUUAUGCAACUGAUAAGAGGCUUGAUAAUCACAUUUACCAGCAAAGCUGGUCACAUUUGUUUUUAUCUAACAGCUCUCAUUUAGAUCAAUCUUUAUUGUCAUUGUCACUGGAACAAUGAGAUUCAACAUUUGUUUUCUUGUCUGUGCAACACUCAGACGUUAAAACCACGCUAAAACCUAUGACUGAAAAUAAGAAAUAAAAAUACAUCGAUUGUGCAUCAAUCGACCGUUAAAAACAAUAAAUUUAAAUACAUUUGUUGUUACAUAAAAGUGAAUUAGUCCUUAAAACAAACCAGGAUACGCAAUUAAUAAUGAAGGAAAAAUGUAUAUAAAGGAAAACAACCCUGUGAUCCCGAAAGGGAUGUAAGAAAAUGGAUGGAUGGAUGAUGGAUGGAUGGAAAACACCACAUGACUACAGACAAUGAAUCAUUGAACAUGUCAAGCAGUCUAGAAGUCAACCAGUUUUAAUUUGAAGAUUUUUUGAAGUCAUGUUUAAGAUAUUUAUUGUCUUUUUGUGAAGUUAUAUUUGAUACUUAACCAUGUUCACAGAAUAAGUGAAUAAUGCAGAAUGUUUCAAUAUUUGGAGCCUUAAAGCAGAAAAUUAAAAGAAAAUGUUAGUUUCAGUUCAAAAAACACAUUAAGUCAGUUCAUCAGACUUUUUUAUUCCAUGUGUGGCUUAUAAUGGACUGGAAUCCUUGUGUGGAUUUUCCCGUUAGAGUCCAGCUCUGACUCUACAACAAAUGAAGCAAGAAUGAAAAUAUUUAAAAACAAAAGCAAACAAACUUGGCAUUCAAAUUUAAAAUCUUUUGAUGGGUCCAGAAAGGGAAGUUGCAAAAAUCAUCUCCUGCAGUCUGUAGAAGUAGACGUCAUGAUGGAAUUUAGUAGUCUGGUUGCCUCGAGCAGGAAUGAUAAAUACAUUUAUAAAGAGAAAACGGUCAAAUUAAGUAUGAACGAAAAUUCUGACUAUAGGAAAAUAAUUUUUUCUGUUUUAACCAGUAAUUGGAUCAAGACAUCUCCCAUCUUCCUGCAACAAGACUGCAUGUUCUGCAUUCAUUAAAAAUCAUUUAUUUGACACAUACAUAAACAUGUUAUACUUCUGAAAUGCUAAAACUCGUGGUUUUCAUGCAAGACAAGCCAUACUUCUCUGAGACACUCAGAGUCUCAGAGAAAUUUUCUAGUACUCAAAUCCUGGUAUGACACAAACCAACAAACUCAAAAAUAGACCUGACAGCUGUCGAGCAGUUCAAUUCUAGCUGCAGUUGGGAAAGUUUCUCCUUUAGAGCCCAUGCCCUGAUCGUCUCUACACACAAACAGAGAAUUGUUUUUAUAAAAAGGGCUCUAUGGUAACCAUUCCUGUCAUUUCUGUGUCACUCAGGAUCCACAUUUGAUGUUGCCUUUGUGCUAUUCUCAGUGGGUUUCAAAUCGAUUUUUAAGUCAUUGCUUUCUUUACUGUGGAACAACUGUUUUGAAAAUGAAGCCAUACAUCCGUGAUGGCCAAACAACCUACCAAAUUACCUUUUUCCUUGUUUACUUUCAUCGUAAUAUCAACAUUUUCUGAGGGGAAAAGAAGUAAGUUGUUGAAAGGGAAAGAUUUGUGUAUUUUUUUCAAAUACUUAUAACAUAAUUUGAUUGGAGUUUAAUCCGGCUUCAAGCUAACAGCUUUAUAUUUGUUGUUGCUGUAGGUUAAGAGAGGAGAAAUGACGUUUUUCCUCAAAGCAAAACCUGUGAUGUCAUCUAACAUGGUCUUGAAAUGCUGUUAUUGAGGAUGUUUUAAUGGUUGCAUGCUGCAAAAAGGCCUCUACCAAAGACAAAAUAAAAGGAUUUUGGUCAAAAAUGCCCACUAAAAA